UGAAAGUUUGACGCGUUAUCGUGACAUAGAUAACGCUAGCGUGCAAUAACGACGAGGAGGAAGAUUCUUAUCAGAUGCCUGAAAGAUACCGCCGUUUUAAAUCUUUAUUAAUCGUUCACCAGGCGGUGUUGUUUUACGCAACAUUGAACGACAGGUGAAACACAUUCAGCGUCUUUAAUUGUUUACCUGUUUUUGACGCAUUUGGCAGUUCGCCAUUUCAAUUCGGUUCAAAAUGGCUGAGUGUUAAAACGUGAACGUAAACAAAGUGCAUAAAACUUGACUCUUAUCCCGUGGCUUGAAAACAAUGUUUUUCAAACCGACAAUGGGCGUUGGCUUGGCCGUCUUAUGUCUGGCCGUCAAUGUCGGAUCGUCUUUCAUCAAACUCGGCCAGCAAGGCUACGAAAAUGUUGUAGUGCGCGUUAACGACGAUGUUCCCAGCACCGAUUGCGUCAAAAUUAUCGAUAGGAUUCAGGUAAUGAUGCAAGAGGCUUCUAACGCCAUGUGUAAAGCUCUAGACAAUCGAGCUUAUCUGGGGAAUGUCACUAUACUGGUGCCAUUAAACUGGACGGCCGAUGGAAAUUGUUUGGUGGAUUCUUCCAUUACGUGGCCGAGGAUUCAUCAAGCGGAUUUUAUUGUGGGUCAAGAUCAUCCCGCUUACGGUAGUCGGCCAUUCAGUUUGCAAUACGGUGGAUGUGGGGUCAGUUCGUUGGGAUCCGUUCAUCUACCACUUAGUUUUCUUAACGGAGCGUCUGCUAAAGGUGUUGCCAUCGCGCACGAAUGGGUCCACUAUCGUUACGGAGUCUUUGACGAGAUUGGAAUCAAUGGGGAUCCUUUAUAUCCGAAUGGCUAUCAAAUAACACAGACGGAAUCUUCCAUCUUGCCCACCAGUUGUACAAAUGUUCCGCUAAAAGGCAAUUGGCUUGGAAACGAAUGGCAGAACAGCUACGACAAUGACAACGUCACAUCUUCCAUCAUGUUUAGCACUGAAUUACCAACCAUCAAUCGUUUGUGCACGAAAGAUGACCACCUGAAAGCGCCUCCAACUAAGCAGAAUUGGCUCUGUGGGGGUCGCAGCGUUUCUGAAAUUGUCUACAGCCAUUCCGAUUUUAUCAGUAAUAGCCAAUCAAUGAUCUGCAAUCAAACCCGGUUCAGUGUGGCCACCGAUACCCAUCGCGGUUAUCACAUCGUUUUGGACGUUUCUUCAGCGAUGGUGCUCAAUAAUCUUAUGGAAAAGGCCAAGUUUGCCGCCUCGCAUUUCAUUUGGUACUUGCCCGAAGGCUCGUUCGUUUCCGUCGACACUUUUGGCGAUAGCUAUUCAAAGGUGCAAGAGCCGAUUGAGCUUAACAUGACGACCAAAAACUCGGUGUUGGCUAGUCUGGAUAAAAUACAAGAGACCAGUGGCAAUACAGCAGCACUGGGUCUUGCCCUUGACAACGCAGUUCAAAUGUUCCACCAAGGUAUGGAGAUUAUUUUUGUAACAGCUGCACAGCAAGUACCUUCGAAUUUCAGCAUUUAUGUCGAAGAAUUUCGACGCCAUUUGAUUGCGCCACACAUUCUGGCGCUGAGCGUUCAAACUUCCAAACUAUUUUCGCCUUUGGCUCGUGACGGUUGGCUCUAUUCGAUUCCUACCUGGACUAAAACGCCAUUGGUGGCGGGGACUAAACACUGGAACCCCCAAACGUGGAUCAUUGAUACAAUGCAAUCCAUCUACAGCCGAAUGCGAUCCUAUCGAGCAAAGAUUGAGGAACGAACGAUCCAAUUGCUUUCUGGAUGGACUAACGGCACUUUCCAACUCGAUUCACCUGCAACUAAUUUGCUGUUUUCAUUUUAUCAUCUCGACGAUGGGAACGCCAUGAACUUCAGGAAAGGAUUUCUAUUCAGCCCUCUAAACGAAGAGUGUUCCAUUUUACUUGUCAAAGAAAUCUCACUGUACACGGCAGAUUGUCAGAUCACCACCUUCGAGAAAGGGACGUGGUCCUACUUCAUUGAUGUGACUGGGUCCAGUAUGGUUCGGAUGGACGUUUGGUUCGAGGCUAAUUCCAUCAGCCCAGUCAAAGUCGAAAGCUGGACCAACUCUUUCCAGAACCAACCGAUUAACUGGGCAACUGGGCGUGUGAUCGUCUAUGCUUUAGUGACAGAACAGCAAAGAGCGGUUAGCGGUUUGAAUCCCGUCGUUCAUUUAAUCGGUGACAACGCAACGGACGUCAUCAUCAGCGUUACUCUGAACGAAAACAAUCCGUCGGACGUGACGAAAGGCGAUGGAAUCUAUUCGGCCCAGCUGAUCAAUUUGCCUCGUUAUUCAACCCACUUUUCUUACAUCCUCGAGAUCAUCGGUGGCACUGGGACUGUUGAUUUUGGUAUUUUAAAUGGACAUCCCUCGGCUGGUAGUUCGAUUCCGUCCAGCCAGCCGACACCUCGUCCGACUAGUUUUAACCGCUACGUUUACGGAGGCAGUUUUCAAUUGAUUUAUCCAUAUGACGGUCGUGAUGUCUUUCCUCCUGGACGAAUCACCAACUUGGCUAUCCUUAAUUUUAAUUCAAACAACUCAACAAUGGAGUUGAAUUGGACGGGCCCAAAAGACGAUUACGAUGCAUCCACCAAUUACAUCAAAUGGUUUGCAAUUACUGGAGAAGAUGAUGGAACACCUGGUGUAGAAACAAGUUAUUUUAACGGGACUAUCCAGCCAUUGCCGGGCUCUCUAGACCGAAUGACUUACACGAUUAAUGUUCCCAAAACGAACAAGAGCCGCAACGUGUAUUAUCGCGUUUACGGGAUGGAUACAUCUGGCAAUAAAGGCCAAUCAUCCAACAUAGCCACAGUUUACGUUCCAGCUAUCAUCUUUCCAAUCGAUCCCGAAGAUGAACCGCAAUUAUUACCCGCAGCAUUGUUUUGGUUUUUGAUCGGUUUGGCUUGCGUGUGUCUGCUCCUUCUCGUUGCCAUCGCCAUUGUUUUCGUUCGUCGUCAACUUGAUGCUCGAAAGAGGAAAGCAAUGGCUGCCGAUUGGAUUCAAAUUGGGGAAACGACGUUAGAUCUCAAAGCGCCGAAUAGCAGCAAGGAAACAGCGAGAAAGAGCGAACCAGAAGUGCCCGAUUUUCACGCUAAUUCAACUCCAUCCCCACGACGAUCGAAUGAAUAUUUUUCUUCCAGAUGGUCUGAUAAUAGUUACUCUGCUGGAUCAGAAGUGUAUCAACAACCUGAAAGGAUUUUCACUACCGCAAGGAUCGAAGCACCGGCAGAUUCUAAAGUCCAUGAGCGUCCACCUUUACGACCAGGUCUUUCUACUUACAGUUUCGGUGGCGAUUGGGCUGGCAACGCAUCGCCACCAAUGAAUGUUACCCCGAGUCCAAAGAAGGUGCCUCCUCCACCACCGCAACGUAAGUUCUUUGCGUAUCCAUCGGACAUGAGCAACAGCGAGAACAAAAUGAAGAGGACGUUGCAGUUUGGAGAUAUCGACAACACCCCAUUAGCAUCUUCCCCAUCUUACCUCGCAGCCCAGUUGAAAAAGGAACCCUACCGAGGAGAUCAACAGAUGCUCAAAUCUUAUUCCGAGCAAACAUUAACAAGCGCAAGCAACUCAUCGUUAAGUAGAUUUGGAAUAAUCCUGGGAGCUGACAGCGAGGCGUCACUCGUUUAGCCUGUGUGCAUUGUUCCAGAACGUUUUCCAUGAAAAGUGAUACAUGUUUUAUGUUUUUCCUGUAAAGAAUAUUGGCGAUAAACGAUGGCGAGCAAUAAAUGAUUAAAGAACUUUGAA